AUGAGCAGAAAACCUUAUCCCAGCGAUCUCACCGACGCCCAGUGGGAGGAAUUGGCUCCCUUGCUGCCGCCCGACACCAGGAGAGGCCAUCCCAGGACCACAGACCUGCGUGAGGUGGUCAACGGGAUCCUGUACGUGCUGCGCGGCGGCAUACCCUGGCGUCUGAUGCCCCAUGACUUGCCGCCCUGGGGCACAGUCUGGUGUACUUCCGUCUGGUGGUACUUCCGGAAGUGGCGAGAUGACGGCACCUGGGAACGGGUGGAGGAAGCCUUGCGGGCCCGGGUUCGGGAAGUUGCGGGACGGGAGGUUACGCCCAGCGCGGCCAUCAUUGACAGCCAGCAUCAUUGA